CAGGCGACUUGCAAAGGGGAGAAAAAAGUCAAACUUCAUCUUGCUGCUGCGGGGCUCGCCUCGCUGCUGAUGCUCAGGGCGUCUCGCUGCCAAGGAGGCUGCUAACUGUCCUGCCUGUAGCGCUCUCCACGCGCACCCGGAGGAGCGCUGCUUUGCAAGGGGAGAGCCCCGUCCCUGGCUGAGACUUGCCCUCUGCCGCCUCCUCAACCCCGCUGGCUCCAAGUAUGUUUCAGGGGCGGACUGCGCUUCGGGGCGCUGCUGUGCCCUGCCCGGCCGCUGUCAGGGCAGCCGCGGCGGCGGAGUGACAGCCAGGGAUGCCGCGGGAACGCACCGGAGUCCCUCCUGCAGACACGACCCCCUUGCUGCUGCUGCUGCUCGCCAGGUAGCGCCCGGGCCAUCGCGGAGCGGCGGGAGCCCUCUGCCCAGAGAUGACUCCCAGGAGCAGCGAUGGGCUGCAGCGGAGGCGUUAGAGCGCCCCGAGGAAGAGGGCGAGAAGCCCAGCAGCCGCCCAGCGUCUCCCAGGAGCGGGAAGCCGGUGGCUUUGGCUAAGGACGUAGCAGGACGAUUUCCCUCCUGCUCUGGGAGCUUCCCCCCCCCCCCAGGGCUGCUGAAACUUGCCCGGAGAAAAUAACUUCCCUCCCCAGCUCUGUCUGCUGGGAAUCUCGCCUCCCUUCCCUACCCACGGGGGUCCCUCCUCGCAAACCCCGCACGCCACUGGGGAGGUGCUUGCAACGGAUACAAACCCCCGGCCCGGCUGGGAACCCCCCUUCGCUCUUCCCGGGCCAGACCCUUUCUAUGUGGAGCCCGUUUCAAUGGACGUGCCCCGGCGCGGCGCCGCUGCUGCUGCUGCUGCCGCUUAGGCGAUCGGCGGGCUCCUAAAGGUUGACCAUGGUGGCCGCCAUCCGCUCCCUGCUCGCGCUGCUGCUGUACCAGGUGCUGCUGGGCGGCUCGGCCGGGCUCAUCCCCGAGGUGGGCCGGCGGCGGUUCAGCGACUCGGGCCGCGCCGCCCCGCAGGAGCUGCUGAGCGAGUUCGAGCUGCGCCUGCUCAACAUGUUCGGGCUGAAGCGGAGGCCGAGCCCCAGCAAGAACGCGGUCAUCCCGCCCUACAUGCUGGAGCUGUACCGCCUGCAGGCGGGCCGGCAGCUGGGCCCCUCCGCCCCGGGCGCGCCGCUGGAGAGAGCCGCCAGCCGCGCCAGCACCGUCAGGAGCUUCCACCACGAAGAAGCUUGGGAAGAGCUCCCAGAAGCAAGUGGUAAAACAGCACGGCGUUUCUUCUUUAAUUUAACUUCCAUCCCUAAUGAGGAGUUUCUCACCUCGGCUGAACUUCAGAUUUUUCGGGAGCAGGUGCAGGAAACCUUUGAGAACAAUAGCAGCUACCAUCACCGUAUUAAUAUUUAUGAAAUUAUAAAGCCAGCCACAGCGACUUCUAAGGACCCUGCCGCAAGACUUUUGGACACCAGGUUGGUGCAUCAGAAUGCAAGUAAAUGGGAAAGCUUUGAUGUAACACCAGCUGUAAUGAGGUGGAUUGCACAUAGACAGCCUAAUCAUGGGUUUAUAGUAGAGGUGGUUCACUUGGACAAUGAGAGCAGUGUUUCCAAGAGGCACGUUAGAAUUAGCAGGUCUUUGCAUCAGGAUGAAGAUAGCUGGUCUCAGCUCCGGCCGUUGUUAGUAACUUUCGGCCAUGAUGGCAAGGGACACCCUCUCCAUAAAAGAGAGAAACGCCAAGCGAAACACAAACAGCGCAAACGCCACAAAUCCAGUUGCAAAAGACAUCCUUUGUAUGUGGACUUCAAUGAUGUGGGGUGGAAUGACUGGAUUGUUGCCCCACCAGGAUAUGGUGCCUUUUACUGCCAUGGGGAAUGCCCUUUUCCAUUGGCAGAUCACCUAAACACCACAAACCACGCCAUUGUUCAGACUUUGGUCAAUUCCGUGAAUUCCAAAAUCCCUAAGGCUUGCUGUGUUCCGACAGAACUGAGUGCUAUUUCGAUGCUCUACCUUGAUGAGAACGAAAAAGUUGUAUUAAAGAACUAUCAAGAUAUGGUUGUGGAGGGUUGUGGGUGCCGCUAAAUAUAUUAGACAAAUACAAAAAAAGCUGACACUUUAAUAUUUCCCAAUGAAGACUUUAUUUAUGUAAUGAAAUGGAAAGAAAAAAAUACAACUAUUUUGAAAAUUAUAUUUAUGUCCACAAAAAGUUUGGGAAAACAAAUAUUUUAAUCAGAGAAUUAUUCCUUUAAAGAUUUUAAAUGUAUUUUAGUUGUACAUUUUAUAUGGGUUUAAUCCCAGCACAUGAAGUAUAAUGGUCAGAAUCUUAUUUUGUAUUUAUUUACUAUUAUAACCACUUUUUAGAAGAAUAGCUAAUUUGUAUUUAUAUGUAAUCAAAAGAAAAAAAAUAUAGGGUUUGUACAUAAUUUUCCAAAAUUGUAGCUGUUUUAAUUGUGUGUAUUUAAAUUGAAAAGAAUACAUGGAAGGUUACUAUGGCAAAGUGCAUAGCACAUUUGCUUUCUGCUGUGCUACUGUUAAGGUCACAAGUUCAAGUCCAGAAAAAAGUGGAUAAUCCACUCUGCUGACUUUCAAGAUUAUUAUAUUGUACAAUUCUCAGGAAUGCUGCAGGGUGGGCUGUCCAAUCCAUGAGAACUGGCAUCCUCUUUAGGUGGAACAUUUGGAUAAGAACCAGACAUUACUGAUCUAGUAUCCUGCUAUUCCCAACUCAUUUGCAGAGUGAAUACAAGCAGGGCCAAUAGAAAUCAUUAGGGAAAAAAGGCUGAACUCUUCUUAGACUUACAGAACAGUUGAAUGAUUGUCAUUCUUCUCCUUUACUUGUCCUCUCAUUUAAAUCCUUAUCCUGGCCAAAUAUUAAAUAAUAAAAUAUUUCUUUUCUUGUGUGUGGUGAUAUGCUAAAAAAGGAACAAUUUUAUUUCUUCUGGCCCUUGUCUAACAGUUGGGAAUACAAUUACUUUUCUUAUCUCAAAUGAGAGCUCAUUUUAUAAGGAAUGCUAUAGAGAACUAAUCUUCAAACUUUACCCUAAGUACAGCAAACUAUUGUUAGCUGUAGGCUCUAUCUACUUUCAACUGCUGGUUUUGCUGACUCUGGGAGUAGUUUUCUUUCUUUCCAGGCUCUUGUGUUUUUGUUUUUUUCUGUUUGAAGAAUUUUCCUGCCAAAUGUUAAACCUAUUUCAGAUAAUAAAUAAUAGAGCUCUGACAUUUCAUUCUGCAAAGUCCCAUCUGUAAGAGCAAAUGGUUCAUUCACAAAGAUAAACGGGGUUUUCUUGCUUUUUAAAUUCCCCAUUUAAAAAGGGCAAAAGCAUGAUUUGCAGUUGGCAAGCAAGGCAUUAAUCGCAGCUCCUACUUACCGAACAUUUACAAGACUCUUGGUGUAAUAGUUUGCAAGUAACUUGUAGAAGAUGAGAAGAGGAUACAGAGGCUGGGUUCUUGUUGCAUUGGAAGCCCAGCCAAAUAUUAGACUUAAAAAAUAUCUGAGGUUGGCUUCUUGCUGAUGUAUUGUAAAUUGGACUGAAGCCAAGUGCAGAAUGAAGUCAAAUUAGCCUACUGGUAGUAAGUUCGUUCUUACAGUCAGAACUCUUAGCUCUUCUAAGCUAUAGAAUUGGCCAUAGAAUAAUGAUUCUGUGAUUAUAU